UGGAGCUAAAAAAUAAGAGUGGUUUUUUUCCAGUCGUUCCAAGCUACAACUUGAUUUGUAUUUGAUGCUUUUGGGGGGAGGGGAAAUCUCUCCAGGAAGGGGGUCACGUCUGGGAUGGCCUCGCCGAGAGGAAACGGUCGCUGCUUCGGCCCAGUUUGGCUGGGCUGCUUUUUUGUUCGGUGGCUUCGGUGCUUCAGGCAGGGCUGCCUUUCUAGGCUGGAUAGCUCUGGGGUCCGAGGCUGGCCUGACCCCCGGUGACCCAGCAGGGCAUCUCCCUGGAGGCAGCUUCCUUUUUGAACGGCUGACGGUGCCUCUCCCGCUCAGAUCAUCUUCGCCGAGCAGCCGCUCACCGACAACCACCGGUCGUUGGCAUCUUACGGCCUGAAGGACGGAGAUGUGGUGAUCCUGCAGCAAGUGGAGAAUGGGCAGGCACAGUCCCCGGCCCCCUUUCCUGGGAUGCCCAGGAUAGACUUCAGCAGCAUCGCCGUGCCGGGGACAUCAACCCAGUUCUCCCAGGCUGUACAGCCGCCUCCCCCGGCCCCGGCCCCGCCAGCUCCCUCACAGGCCCCGGCCCCGCCAGCCCUUCCCGACCCGCCGUCCAUCCCUCAGGGCCUGGACAACCCUGCCCUCCUGCGAGCCAUGUUGCUGGCGAACCCCCACGAGCUCUCCUUGCUGAAGGAACGCAACCCGCCUCUGGCCGAGGCGCUCCUCAGCGGAGACCUGGAGAAAUUCACUCAAGUGCUGGUGGAGCAGCAGGAGGACCGGGCGCGCCGGGAGCAGGAGAGGAUACGCCUCUUCUCCGCCGACCCUUUUGACCUGGAAGCUCAGGCCAAGAUCGAGGAGGACAUUAGGCAGCAGAACAUCGAGGAGAACAUGACCAUCGCAAUGGAAGAGGCUCCUGAGAGCUUUGGCCAGGUGGUGAUGCUGUACAUCAACUGCAAGGUCAACGGCCACCCCGUGAAGGCCUUCGUGGACUCAGGUGCCCAGAUGACCAUCAUGAGCCAGGCGUGUGCCGAGCGUUGCAACAUCAUGCGAUUGGUGGACCGGCGCUGGGCCGGCAUCGCCCGGGGCGUGGGCACCCAGCGCAUCAUUGGCAGGGUGCACCUGGCUCAGGUGCAGAUUGAAGGGGAUUUCCUCCCGUGCUCCUUCUCCAUCCUGGAGGAGCAGCCCAUGGACAUGCUGCUGGGCCUGGACAUGCUGAAGAGGCACCAGUGCUCCAUCGACCUGAAGAACAACAUGUUGGUGAUUGGCACCACCGGCUCGCAGACGGCCUUCCUGCCCGAGGGCGAGCUCCCUGAUUGCGCCAAGCUGGCUUACGGGCCAGGCCGGGAGGACAUGCGGCCCGACGAGCUGGCCGAUCAAGAGCUGGCCGAAGCUCUUCAGAAGUCUGCCGAGGAAGCAGAAUGCCAGAAGCCUAGAUGCAUGUAAUGUGGUUUUGCUGCCGCUGGAGAGGGCCACACACCAGAGAAUAGCGAUACAGAAACUACCUCACUCGAAGCUCCGUCGCAACCGACUCCGGACGGCUUUAAACUUCCGGUUUGUUUUCCAGAACUUGGUCUGAAGAUCGCCGACAGUCCCGCAAGCCGAUCGCUCGAUCGCUCAGCCUCCGCUCCGGCCGUCUGCUCUCCCCUCAGUAGCCGGAAAGAGGCCGAAUGUCCCAGAGCUGCUGGGAAAUCCCUGGAUUCUCUGCUGGGGCCCUGGGGAGGGUCAGGGGGCAAGAAGCCCCCGGCCUCCCCACUGAACCUGGGGGGCUCAACGACCCCCCAAAACAUACAUGCUGCUUCCAGCUGCCUGCCGGAGGAGGCUGCUCCUGGCCGCCAGCCUCAGGAGGUGGCGGGAGAAAGCAGCCCACCCCAAGAGAUGACCGAGCCCGACGCCCCCCUGCGGCUAGAGCCCACAGAGCUUCCUCCGGAUUUUAGGAGGGACAGCAGGACCCCCGGGGAGGAUCCCCCUUUGGGGGAAUGGAGGGAGCCUCAGUGCGUGGGGGACGUUUCCUCACCAAUGGCCGCUGCGGUUGAGGAAGAGGAGAUUUCCCGAGGGGCCGGAGAGAGGCCGGAGGGGAGCCCAGCCCAGCCGCCAGGAGAUGACCGCUUGCUUGAAGGCCCCCCUGCCCCAGAGGCUUCGGACCCACACCUCUUCGAGUCAGCCGACGUGAGCACCCCAGGCCCCGGGACGGAGCUGGGGUUGCACAAAUGCCGCGGCCUUCCCCUGCCCCUCGGUCUCCCCACGGCGAGUGGCUCAACCCCGCCCGGGAAUCCCGCCGCUAGCCGGCCCAAGGAUCAAGAGGAAGAGGCGGGCAUCUCCCUCGCCUCGGCCCUGAAGGAGCUGCACCGGCUCCUGGUGGUGAGUUCUAGACACGGCUUCCGAAGAGCGGGCGCUCAGCAGGCAGAGAGCUGCCCCAUGCGGGAGGCUCCUCCGGAAGAGUCCGCUGCGGCCGAGGAGGCCUUGCCCUCCCGAGAGCAGCAAGCGAGGCAGGACCCGGCCCUCUCCCGCCCAGCCCCCUGCUUGGAGGCCGGGAUAGAGAUGCUGGAGGAGCCCCGCUUAGCUGGGGGGCAGCAGGAGGUUGCUCAAGGGGCCUCCGGCUGCGGCGACGCUGUCCCGGUAAGCCCUUUGGUGGCAUGGCCUCCACCGCAGGCCAAGGAGUGCCUGAGAAAUCCGGCCCAGCUCUUAUUACCCUCUGGGCAGCACCCUGGCUGCGCUGCUGUGGGGCACAGCUCACUCACCUCACUUGGCCCUCCCAACAGUUGCAGCCCUUCCCCGGAGGAAGGGGGAGACUCCAGCGAGCACCCUGAGGCCGAGCCAGAGCCCUCGUCCUUCCCCGGGGCUUUGGAGCCCCGAUCUCCUCCGGCCCUCGCCUCAAACCUCGAUCAGAUUGUGGGGGCCGGCUUUACACCCCAAGAAGCCGGAGAAGCUCUGGAGCACGCGGGGGGCAACGCCGACCUGGCCCUGCUGAUCUUGCUGGCCAGGAACAUCGUGGUCCCCACGUAGCCGAGGUUGCCUUUCUUGGAAGAGUCUCCGUCGUCCGUCCCCCCGUCCCGGUGGCUGGGUUUGAUCCAGCUGUACCUUUUUAAAAUUUUAUUGUAUUUUAAGAGAGCGGAGAAAGGAAAAAAAAAAAACACCCCUUCUUUUCAACCAGGACCAUCCCCCUAUUUCCCCUGGUUGAAUUUUGGGCCGUUUUAAAGAAGCAAAUAUUAUUGGCAUCCGUAUGGAAUCCUGAGAUUGACGGUUGCUAAUCCUCCUCGGCUACAUUUUCGGAAUAAACUUCGUAUUUAAAACGUAUGGGGUUUUUUUAGAACGAUAUGCAAAUAUAAGGCUUAGAAAGGGUAGACCCAGCUCCGGGGGGGUGGGGGGUGCUUACCUUGGCGGAGUGCCAGGAGCAGGGAUGGUGCCUGGCACCCCCUUUUCUCACCCCCGCCGGGGACGCUGCGUGCCAGCCGUGUGGCUGGGGCUCCUUUUCUGCUUUAGCUUGCAGCCGUGGGGUGAAAAUUGGUCGUCCUCCCCAGGCAGAGCCCUCCAAGGGGGCAGCGCUUUCGGGGGGGGGGGUACAGCUGCAGCUGCUGGGUCAGCCCCUCAGGCUGGUCCCAAGGGGCCCUGGGUGUGUGUGUGUGUGUGUGUGCAUUCUGGACCUUCUUUUGGUGCAGCUUUGGAAUUCGGUGGUGGGUUGGCACAACGCUGCUGGGCUUGGUGUGGUGAUAGCAGAGCUUAGGUCAGAGAGGAGGUUGAUGGAGGAGCUCUGGGGGGCUUUCCAAUUUUUCUUUGGGGGAGGUUAGGGGAGGGGGCUGCCCGCUGGGAGCCUCCCUUAACAAGUCUUCAGCAUUGGGGGGGAUUUGAAAUGCAAGGCAGGGAAUUAGUAGCUGCUGAUCAUUUUCCGCCCCGUAAAGAGGGCAGGCCAUGCCUUUGGCGCAGGGGCUUCCAAACUUGGCAACUUGUGGACUUUCAACUCCCAGAAUUCUCCAGCCCGUUGGACUUCCAACUCAUCAGCUCGCUAUCUUAUAAGCCUAAGCCGGCUGGAGAAUUCUGGGAGUUGAAAGUCCGCAAAAGCCUUAAAAGUCGCCAAGUUUGGAGACUUCUGCUUUGGCGAGAGUCGAUGGCGUUUGAAGUUAAGAAAAGGCGGGGAAGGGGCUUCUGAAUUUUCUCUGCAGCUUGAGAAAUCUUGGGGGGUGGGGGACACAUCUCCCCGUAAUUCAGCACGAAGGGAGAGUUUUGAAAUGGCGGGUGGGCGGGCGCACAAGCGACGUUUCUUUUGAUUUGACAAAUGUUGUUGGCUCUCGGCUAGGAUUGACGGUUUCAGACGGCUGGGGGGGGGGAGACCCACCCCUCCUUUCUAUGGGAAGGUAACGGGGGUCUCCGCAUGGCCAGAGCUCCCUUGUCAGCUGCCCCAGAAGGGGCCUGCCUCUCUGGACACGGGUGCAGAAGCCAGGACUAAACCUUUGCAAACGGGGCAGGAGAAUCCUGGAAGGCCAGCCGAGGGGGUGAUGCUUUGGAAAGACACCUCUGGGUGACUUUGGAAGGCUACACUUCCUGGCAGAGAGCAGGUGGUGCUGGCACCGUUGUGGCAGCCUGCCAAAGCACUGGCCUGUCGUACAGGGCCUGCGUAUAAUUCACGGGAGGGCCGGCCUGGAAUCUUGCUCCCUCCUUGUAAGCCAAACCAAGGCCUGGCUCACCGGUUAGCCACCCCUCGAGUCGGGUGCCACACGCAACGGCCCCGGGGGGGGGGGGAAGGGGUGGGCCCUCUCAGGAAUCUGCCUGCCACGUUACCGGGCUGCCCUUCUUCACCCUUGUCUCGGCCCGCUGGGGCGACCGUUCUCUAUGCCCACGAACGGUCGCCAUCUUGGGAACUCGCUUCUUUUUACCAAAAAAAAAACAAUAAAAGUAAAAAUAAGGACGUGUUUGGCUGAGAGGUGCGGGGCGGUUUGCUUCUCAACUGGGAGAAAACCUGUAAACGUUUUGGAUUUUAAAAAAUAAAAAGAUGUGUUUUCUCA